AUGACAAAACGGCAAGCUUCGCCACUGUCUACAGAGGCAUGUAAGCGACGACCCGCGACAAGCGUGUCAAAAGCCUCCACUACAUCUUCAAGUUCCCCCUCCCUCAAAGAAAGCGAGCGGUCGGCUAGCUCAACGUCUAAGCCAGCGGCUUCAUCACAUUCCGGACCGUCGAGCUCGUCCAGUGAGCUCUCCACACCGUCAACAACGCAAGAAAGUGUUUCUCCGAAAACUAUCUCAAAGCCACCAACUCCAAAGACAGCGUUACCGGGACUCACUCACUUGAACGUCUACAAGCAGUCAAGGGUUACUUCAGAUCGUUCACACUCAGCAGUCGCCACGGACAUUGGACUCCCAAGUUCCCAGACAUGUACACCAUCACAUGAUGGCACUGUGGUAGGUGCAAUGCCAAUAAGCUGUCGGCACCGACUGACAGAACAGAUCUUACCGUCACCACUAAGUACAGGCACCCUCGUCCGAUACCAACCACCGGACAAUUUCCCCGUCUUCAAGAGUGGAGACGUCAUCAUCACCUACGACCUAGGUGCUUCGUCCCGGGAGUUUCAGCUACACAGCUCCGUGCUCUGUCGACACUCUCCGUUUUUCGCCAACGCACUGCAGGAUGCUUCACCCGACGAUACCAAAGCUUCUUGGUACUCCUUUGCCAUUGAAGUAAUCAACGGUAAAGGCAGAUUAAUCCGCCAACAGUCUAACGGUGACCGCCCCAAUGUUCCGCAGCCCAGUCCCCAGAUCAUCGAUGGUGUCGAGAUCAAAUCCGAAGACCUGUCCGAUGAUGGAAACUCACCCGGUCCUAAGCCCUCCUACACCAACGUAGUGGCGAUCACUCAUAACCCUCGCCAUUUGGCUGCAAUUGCAUGCUACACCCAAAUACUCGGCUCAUUCUAUAAUAUCCCACCUAAAAUAUCCACUAUCGACAUCAGCAUCGCUCUGGCCCAGUCAGAAGGGCUCAUCAAGGUAGCCACCGAGCUGGGCUGCGUCCACGUCUUACGAGCGCACUUGAGUAGCAUGUAUGCAAGCUAUCGUCAGAAGGUAUAUCUCGCCGUCAAGUCCGACCCCCCUCGCUGGAUCCAGCUCGCCAUAGCCCUCGAAAACCGAGCCAUCUACGACGAAUGCUUAAUCCAUAUGGUCGGCGCACAUCCCAAAUGGCCCUGGCCCACUUCCCGCAAGUUUGUUGCAGAGCCCGUCCAACACCUCGUGAAGCAGAAGGCACUAGAGCUCGAUAGACUGCGUCUUGAAGUCGAGCAUGAAUUGCUACUCAUCACCAUCCACAUUGGCGACCCCCUCCGCCGCCAUAUUCGCGCGCCGAACCCAGCGGAGACGGCCGAAGUCGAAACCUGGCUCACCGUGCAAGUCUUCCGCGACGAGCUCGCCCAGCACAUUUCGAACGUGACGGAGCACCCUGAGCGGACGCUGCAUCUAGGGAGGCUAUAUCGCGGAAUACACAAGGGAAACUUGAAGUGGCUGAGCACGGAGUAUGCAAGGGAGCUGAUCGAGGGAAUGAUGACGAUGGGGUGGAAGGAUUUGGGUGAGGACAUGGGCAAGUUGAAGGAGUACGCGGCGAGGGUUGUGGAGAAGUUGGCGGACAACCAAUUGAUGAUCGAUCCAGACGCACACAGUGUUGGCUACUUGACUUGCGUGAAAGUCAGAGACGACGAUGUUCUGUGGGAGGCGGGCGAUGUAUAG